AUGCAAAGAUCUUUUCGUUUAUUUAGUUUUAUUAACUCUAAUCGAGAUAAAGUAUGUGAAAUUUUGAACAAGCCCUACUCUGGUCACAAGGCAGCACCAACAGUUUCGAAAAAACCUGUGGACCCUAGAAGGAUAUUCAAAGUGUACAGGUUUGGUGGUAUUGCUAGUAAAGAAAAGCCUCAAGUAAUGAACUAUGAUCUAGACAUCAGCACUUGUGGUAGAAUGGUGUUAGAUGCUUUAAUAAAGUUAAAAGACAUGGACCCAACACUAGUAUUCAGACGUUCGUGUCGAGAAGGCAUAUGUGGCUCUUGUGCGAUUAAUCUCCAAGGAAGUAAUUGCCUCGCUUGUAUUACGGCUAUACCGCCUGACAAGACUAUUAAUAUAUAUCCGAUACCGCACAUGUACGUAAUAAGAGAUCUGGUUGUGGAUAUGACACACUUCUUUGAAGUUUAUAAUAACCUGCGUCCUUAUCUUGUUCGGCGUGAUGCAGGGCCUUUGGGGAAAUUCCAGUACGCACAAAGCAUUCAAGAUAAUGCGAAAUUAGUGGGUCUCUAUGAAUGCGUACUCUGCGCGUGUUGCUCUACGGCAUGCCCCAGUUAUUGGUGGAAUGGUCGACGAUUUUAUGGCCCCGCUAGUUUACUGCACGCUUACCGAUGGAUAGUAGACUCUCGGGAUGAGGAUACUGAACAGAGAUUAUUCGAAUUGAGGGAUGACUUUAGGGCAUUCCGAUGUCACACUAUUUUGAACUGUACGCUUGCGUGUCCAAAAGGAUUGCAUCCCGGUUUUGUUAUAGCGAAACUAAAGAGAUUGAUUGCUGGUUUGGACAAGAAACCUCCGCCAGAAAUUGACACCAUGAAGUUUUCAUCCAGCGGAUCAUAG